UUCAUUUUCGGCGUUCACGUGAGUUUCACAUCAUCUAGCGGCCACCGAAAAAAUCUCACUGCGUCAUCUCGUGACUGCCGUUAAAAGCUGCUCGUUGCAUUCGGUCGACGUCUAACGACAACAAAAUACUUCGGUUGCGAAAAAUUGGGGUCAAAAUCUAACCACUGCUUCGCUUCGGGAGGUUGGAUUGGACAGAAACCACUACUUUCACUUUCGUAGAAAUUAAGAACAUACCGACAAAAUGGGUGUAAUUAAACGCUCAAAGUUCCUUCACGUAUCGCCUUUAGAGACUGGACCAAUUUUACCUGAAAGUGAUUCUCUGCCAGAGUUGGCACCGCUAGAGAACCCCACUCCUGCUGAAGCGCUAACCCAACAAACUCGACAUCAGCUUCCCCCAGUUAGGGUUUCCAGACCAACAUUGUGUUUUCCUAAAACUUUGGUGGGGAAAAGUCGUUCCAGCCGCAAAUCAGAGAGUGGACAAGACAAAAUUCCAAAAGGGCAAAAAAAGCAAAGACGUUACGAAAACAAUAAAUUCUUGCUCAACUUGGCUGAGUCGGAUGAAGACAAAAGGGCUGAACCAGGGUUUACUGAACCUCACUCAGUAUUUACCAUUUUACUGCAGGAGCCUGAGAAAAUGGGGGCCUGGAAUUCUUUUUUGAGUCUUAGUGAAGAUGAUCAGUUGGCAAUUAUUGCCAAUAAUGAAAUAUUUGCGUAUUUCAACAACGAGCCGGUCCUGGAUCAGGUGCCUUUGGCCGCCGUCGAAAAGAUUGUUAGCUAUCGUGAAAGACGUAGAAACAUGACUGCUGAAGAGGCGUUCUGCACCUUGUGUCCUAAACUGAAAUCUAUUUUCACCAAACGCCAUUUCCCUAUGGGAAUGCUAGCACAAUUGGAGAAUGAAGUUCUUGAUUUUUUCAUGGACGCUCCUCAAGGAACAUGCGUUAUCGAAAGGCAAUGCAGUUUUGAUCGACUCAUCCUCCACGCUAUUACGCAGUUCAACUUCCUCUGUUCGCAAAGUUUUACAUCUGAAAAAAAUCGUCGAAUGACACAUAUUCGGAAUAUUUGUCCGGAUUUCAUCCCACCUCCCGUUUCCCUAUCCGAGUACAUCCGAAAGAAGCGCUGCUAGUCUAUUGGUAGACUAGGCACGCAGUGGUCACAGGAAAUACGUUUUCAGAUGAGAUGAUUGACCCUAUUUUAAAAUCCUUACGCGUACAAUGUUUUCCUCAGUUGAUAGACCUCCUACCUUUAUUUUCCGUUAUUGGGUUUUCGUUUUUCAGAAAUCUGUUUUACCGUAAUUUAUGCUGAUUUAAAACUAGCAUUACUUUGGGUCAUUUAGGUUUGCACUUUGAAGUUGGGGUUCGUUGACCGUGGAAAGUGGCAAUAAUUUUAUGUUUCACCAUUCAUAGAUUUUUUGAUUUUGUUUUUAGAGAAAUCUUGUUUACUUGCUUUUACAAUAACGCCCAACACCAAUAAGGAGGUUCUAAGAAAAUAGAAGUUUUGAACGUA